UUUUACUUUAAUAUGACAGUUUCCAUUUAACAGGUUUGUUCAUCAAAUCAAUUUCAUCUUUGAUAACCAUGGGUGGUGUUCUCUGCACUGGAAAAGACAAUGAUGAGUUGGUGGAUAACCUGAUACAAGAGAAGUAUAUCAGGACAUCCUUGCUAGCACUAGUGUUCAGGGCUGUAGAUCGAGCUCAUUAUUUUGCAGAAGAUCACAAAGAAAGAGCUUAUCAGGAUACAGCAUGGAAGUUUGGGAAUUUGCACCUUUCUUCCCCCUGUAUUUAUGCUGAAGUACUGGAAGGCUUGCAUCUCCGUGCUGGCUUAAGUUUCCUCAACAUUGGAAGUGGAACUGGAUACCUCAGCACUCUUUCCGGAUUGCUUUUGGGGUCGAAUGGAAUCAACCAUGGAAUUGAAUUGCAUGAAGAUGUGGUUGAAUAUGCCAGAAAAAAAUUGCAGGACUUCAUGGAAUCUUCCCCAGCUAUUGAUAUGUUCUCCUUCUGUCAGCCAUCCUUUGUCACUGGCAAGCUCUCUUUUGCUGAGUCCUCCCUUGAUCAAGGGCCUGGUGGAAUCCUGGUCAUGCCCAUUCGAGGUCAGCUCAUGCAAAUAAAGCGAUGUGUGACUGAAGGUGGAGUGCAAAUCAAGCAGAAAACACUCCUUCCAGUUGCCUUUGCUCCACUGAUACUCCCUGAUGAAAAAACCAAGAAUGAGAUCUGCGAGCUACCUAUGAAAUCUCCAAACACCCUGCAAGAGCUAUGCAGGUUUGCCAUUCGGCAUUGCUUGCGUCUCAACUUUGGGAAUAAACUCGAUAGAGUUUUGGAAACUCAGAUGUUGAUUGAAGAUGCUCAGAGCACCGCAGGAGCUGGGAUGUUGCUUUUGCGCAAGAGGAAAAUUGAUCGCAAAGUUCCCCAAGCGAAACGACCCAAACAGGACUCACAGCAAAACACCUCAUCCCUGUUCCCUGCUUACAAGUGUAAUAUGGUUGGAAGCAUUGCUUCUCUUCCUCUUCCUCAUUCCCUGAAGUCAUUUCUCAAUUAUGGUCGUCAGUUUUGACCACCAUGUUAUCCAUCUCGCCAGAGGCAAUGCCAUUGAACGUCAAAAGAUCUUUUCCUGUCAGCUGGUAGGUCAGAUGAACCCAUGGGUCUGUGAUGUCACUGGAUAUGAAGAAGAUGAUACAUAUCCCAGUGAAAAUUACCAAACAUCCAUGAUGACUAUAACUGGAAAUCCUGCUGUUCUGAACUACUGCUAUCACAACAGUUGUGUUGAACCUUGGAAUUGUGAACAUUCUUUUGCAUAUUAUCGAGACUGCAUUUCUUUCCCAAUGAUCAUUUGUUCAACAUCAACCAGGGUUAGCCAUGGACUGUGCCAAGUGAAUAUACUUUCUCUAUGGCAUCAAAUAUGCCCCCCCUCCAGCUUCUGAUUUUUGUGCUCCCUUCAGCAUUUCAUAAUUCUGAUGAGAGUAUUGUCAUUGACUUGGAAUUGAAACAUGUGUCUGGGGCUUCUGCUUGAUGACUUUUGAAAGUGUCACAUAUCCUGAUCACAGAGAUGUUCUCUUUGCUACAAGUUUCAGUGGUGCCACUGAUCAACAUGAUUCAGAUGCCAAAGACAUUGUACUUUCAUCAUGCACGAGGUAGCUGUGGCACAUAUGUGCCACAGAUGGCACACAUGUGGUUAUAUCCGUUGGUUGUUGCUUUUUCUCCAUUCUCUCAAUCUCAUGUGUUUGGAUUACUUGUCUCUUUUGAAAAUCCCUGAAUUCUUCUGGGGUUUGCAAUUUCAUUGUCCAUGGAUAGGUAAUCCUGAACUGUCAUGAAAGGAGAUUCUGUGGUGCUUGGUCUCAGUGGUGUUGCUGCUCACUAGUCCUUUAAUUCCUACAUUCCAGUGAUACUGUAGCUUUCAUGCUGUGCUGCUAUCUGACAUUACUCGAGAUCUUCUUGCCCUUGGAUUCAUUUCUGGAUAUGUGUUCUUCAUGCCUGUCUUAAUGGUGCAUAAAAAUUCAAUGGAAGUAGACUGUGAUUUGUGCUUGUGUCAGAGGCUUGAGUUUUCCCCAACUCUUUUCUUUAGAUGAUGUCAUAAGUUGGGACAUUUUGAAAGGAUUUAUGUUACAGCCUCUACCAGAAUUCUUCUUUUUCCACAGCCUCUUUCUCUUUCCCUUCCCCUUCCACUUCCACUUUUGAGGACCUCAUGGAGUUAUUUUUUCUUUCCUCUCUACCCUGAUGAAAAGUUGAAAGUUUUUCAGAUACUUGGUACUUGCACUGUUGGAAUUCUGGGGUUUUAUUGCAUGUGAAUGAAUCAAGUUUUUCUUGAUGGAUUCAUCAUCCAUUAGAUUGUGUAUUACUGAAAAUUACUGAAAAAGUAGCAAAUACCUUUGUCUCUGCCAACUUGAAAUUCUUGGUGGCAGCUUGCCUCAGAAAAGAGCUUUUGAUAGCCACAAAUCGCCUUACUGCCCACAAGCUGAGAGGACCAAUCUUGGAAAUCUCUAAUGUAAAGACUUACAUUGGUUGCAUAGCCCCUCAUCUCCAUACUAUCAUUUAGUACAAAAUCGGAAGGUUAGAGCUCAACCACAGUGGAAGGCUGAAGAACUGAGGGCCUUAAUAUGAUGCACUUUACACCUUGUACCUAAUCACCCAAAACUUGUAUGUACAGGAUCGUUAGUAACACUGGCUCCUUGUGAAUGAUAGUUGAAAAAUCUGGUUGCACCAAAUCUGGUUGAAAACCCAUUCAAUUUUGCAUGAAAACCCAGACUUUCAGCUACCAAUUGAAUAUUGCAUCUUUCUUUCUUUCUUUACUAUUUUCUUUUGCCACCAUUAUUAUGCAGAGUAG